AUGGCUCCUCCACCUGCUGAUGACGCGAAGAUUGCGGAAGCAACCAAAUUGGCCAAAACGGAACCGGCAAAGGCAGAGAGCAUUUACAAGGAAGUGCUGGCAAAAUCACCUGGCUCGAAUCAAGCUGCUCUUCAAAACUAUGAGAAUGCUCUGGUUGGAUUAGGAGUACUCUACAGAGACCAUAGGCGGUCGGAAGAUCUGGCCCAACUGGUAAAGACAAGUAGGUCAACGUUGUCCUCGUUUGCCAAAGCGAAGACAGCCAAGCUUGUCCGUCAACUCCUCGACUUCAUUGCAGAGAUCCCAGACACCCUCGAGCUCCAAGUUGCGACGACCAAGUCCUGUAUCGACUGGGCCAAUUCCGAAAAGAGAUCAUUCCUUCGCCAGAACCUCGAAACAAGACUGGUUGGCCUUUACAUGCAGAAACAAUCAUAUUACGACGCACUCACUCUGAUAAAUGGUCUGCUGCGAGAGCUGAAGAGACUGGAUGAUAAGCUUGUCCUUGUGGAGGUGCAACUGCUGGAAUCAAGGGUCUACCAUGCUCUCACAAACCAGCCUAAAGCAAGAGCUGCUUUAACGUCCGCGAGGACGUCUGCCGCUUCAGUCUACACGCCCCCUCUUCUACAGGCUGGACUAGAUAUGCAGAGUGGCAUGCUGCACGCCGAAGAUCAAGACUUCAACACCGCCUUCUCUUACUUCAUCGAAGCGUUGGAAGGAUAUCACAGCCAAGAGGACACUGCUCGAGCGACCUCUGCUUUGCAAUACAUGUUGCUUUGCAAGAUUAUGCUAAAUCUUGUGGACGAUGUCAACUCUCUUUUGUCGUCAAAACAGGCACAGAAAUAUGCCGGCACAAAUCUGGAAGCGAUGAAAGCUGUGGCACGAGCACACUCGAAUCGAUCACUGGAAGAGUACGAACAAGCACUGUCCAAUUAUCGCUACGAACUUGGAAGCGAUGUCUUCAUUCGGAAUCACCUCCGACGGCUGUACGAUGCCAUGCUGGAACAAAACCUGAUCAAGGUCAUCGAGCCCUUCAGUCGGGUGGAGAUUGGCCACAUUGCAAAGAUGGUUGGGCUUGACACACAACAAGUCGAGAGAAAGCUGUCACAGAUGAUCCUAGACAAAGUCAUUGUAGGCGUUCUGGAUCAGGGGGAGGGUUGCUUGAUUGUGUACGACGAAGUCGAAAGAGAUGCCGGCUACGAUGCAGCCCUGGAGACUAUCGAAAAGCUCAGUAAUGUGGUCGACGUUCUCUACACGAACCAGGCGGCACUGCUAGAAUAG